AUGUCCUCCGCCGUGGUACAUGGCGACGAUCUCGACAUGGAGCCUACGCUCCAGUCGGUCCUCAACCAAAACACUCUCCGCUGGAUCUUCGUCGGAGGAAAAAGGAGGUUCCGCAAAUCCGUUCUGCUUAUUUCGACCGAUCCCGCACACAACCUGAGCGACGCCUUCGGUCAGAAGUUCGGAAAGGAGGCCCGCUUGAUCGAUGGCUACUCAAACCUGAGCGCGAUGGAGAUCGACCCCAAUGGGAGCAUCCAGGAUCUGCUUGCCACCGGAGAUGGUCAGGGUGAAGAUCCCAUGGCGGGAUUGGGCAUGGGAAACAUGAUGCAGGAUCUUGCGUUCAGCAUUCCCGGUGUUGACGAAGCUAUGUCCUUCGCCGAAGUCCUGAAGCAGGUCAAGUCCCUCUCCUACGAAGUCAUCGUGUUCGAUACCGCGCCGACCGGCCACACCCUUCGAUUCCUCCAAUUCCCUACCGUGCUCGAGAAAGCGCUAGCCAAGCUCUCCCAGCUUUCCACCCAGUUCGGUCCGAUGCUCAACUCAAUUCUGGGCGCUCGUGGCGGUCUACCUGGCGGUCAGAAUAUGGAUGAGUUGCUACAGAAGAUGGAGUCAUUGCGGGAGACGAUUAGUGAGGUCAACACGCAAUUCAAGAACCCAGACAUGACCACCUUUGUGUGUGUAUGCAUUGCAGAGUUCUUGUCACUCUACGAGACGGAACGUAUGAUCCAAGAAUUGACCAGCUACAACAUCGACACCCACUCAAUCGUUGUCAACCAGCUUCUGUUCCCCAAAGAAGCAAGCGACUGCGAACAGUGCACUGCCCGGAGAAAGAUGCAGAAGAAGUACCUUGAUCAGAUCGAGGAGCUCUAUGAGGAUUUCAAUGUGGUCCGCAUGCCAAUGCUUGUUGAGGAAGUGCGCGGGAAGGAGAAGUUGGAGAAGUUCAGUGAGAUGUUGGUGACCCCAUAUGUGCCUCCGCAGUAA